GGAUCCACUAAAUAAGUAGGACGAUCCAGAUAGACCAAUUGGAUGAUGAUGAAGCAGAAAGCAUAGCCUUAUCUAAUGGAUAUUUCAAUAUACCCUUGUCUUGGCUUAUUCACUUUUGUUAUGCUACCUGUGUUAAAUAAUGUCAAUGACUGUCAUCAUCAUACCCUGUGAACUACCCACACAUUUCUUUGUAAACACUGUAGCAUUCUCUAGGAAAGGCUGUGCUGAAUGUUUACAGCUCACAGAUGAUUCAUCUGUCAAUGGCUGGAAGCCUAGGAAUGCUUUGGCUGAUCUGUGCAGUUGUUGGAACAUGUAAGCUAGGUCUGAAUUUUCACAGAACUGACUGUCUGCAGAAUUUUCCUGAAGACCAAAUAGGGAGAUUAUGGACAAGAAAUUGUAGAAUGGCUCAUUAGGGAGCAGGAUGGCCUUCAGCAUGAAUCAAAAUUACAUUUCAAGCAUAUCUAUAUAUCUAAGCAUUUAUUCUUAUUCAUAAUUAGGUAGAUGUAUGGUAAAAUACAAAAAACCAAGGUUAUAUUAACAAUAUGAAAUUUUUGAUUUUUAGCUAGUUACAGUAAAUACUGUGCUAUACAUUUUGAAAAGAAAACACUAAAAAGAGUCUCACUGAUGACAUGGACUGAUCCUGAGAGCUAGCAGACACCAUACUGAGAAAUUAACCGCAUUUCUCUCUUCCAGCUGUUAUCAGGUUUGUUUUCCAUGACUUGUUUGCUUUUUCGUGAUUUAUGCAUAUCGUUUUGUACAAAAAAAAAACCUUGAAGUCCUACUACAUGUGCUUUGAAUGGAAUACUUAACUGAGACAUAUCAAGUUAUGAUUCUGAGAUUUAAUAUGUGUUAAUUGAUAACCAGUUUUUCUUUUCAUAGUGGGAUAUAGGCUACCCUUCUGUAGCCUAGCCUACAAACUCACUGAUUUGAAGAAAAAAUCUGAUUGCUUUUCCUUUCACGGUGCCUUAUCAUGUGCAAACGAUUUACAGUAUAUUAAGAUUGGAGAAUCUGCGCAGAAUCUGGGUGGUUUUGCCCCAAAAACGGUCUUGUCCGAGCGGUUUCCCCAUAGACCGUAUUAUAAUAGGGUUUCCCAAGCACUUGCCCUAUCAGCUUUAACCUUUUACACGAAUCGUAUUUCGGCGAUCAAUUUGAGUGAGGUUAUUGAUAUGGGAACAAUGAGAACACCAAUCUGGCUCAUAACAUUUUGGAAGCAUGUUCAUAACCUACCCAGGGCAGGAAGCACUUAGCUAUUUGGGGCUGCAUUCAGGAAAAAGAUGGUUCAUUGUUGAGCAACGACCGGAAAAAGACAUAACCUGAGUGGUGCUGGAAAUGGGCACCACACUCAAGGAGGAGUGGGAAACAAGGUCACUGUGCAGCUUAGAGCCACAGGUACACAGUGGGCCAGUGCGUGAAAACACAGAAGAGUCGAGCGCCGAAAAUACCAGACCCGGUCCCAGCACCCCCAAAUCGGAGGGCAUUGCAAGAAGACACAAAGCACCAGCCUCUAGGAUCAGGGAUGGGUCGAAAAUCACAAAAACAGAAUCGGGUGUCGACUCUAUGAAGAGCUCGGUUCUUGCCAGGACACACAAUUUCAAUAUUGUGGAGCUGGAUUCAUUGUCAGAUGGAGAGUCUGAACCGAAUGAAUCCGAGAUGGAUGACGACCCAGAUUACAUUGAAGCAGGGCGGUACUCUGACGACCAGUAUUACAAUGCAGAAGAUAUGGAACUCAGCAUUGUCAAGUGUGAAUCUAAUGAAAGUUUAGUGGAUGACCACAUAAAGUCGGAAGCCGUUGGAAUAGGGGACGGAUGUGGAGCAGGGAGCAAAACGCAGCAGUGCACCAAUGAACUAAAGGUGGAAUCUGCAAAUGGUUUACAAAAUCAAGAGAAGCAGGGACACCUCUGCCCAGACUGUGGUCGGUUUUUCAAACGCGUGUCAUACCUGAUCAGGCAUUAUGAAUCUCAUGUAGUGGAUUCUCCAUUCACCUGCAUUGCUUGUGGUAAGAGUUUCCCCAUUGCGAGCAAACUUAAAAGACACCUUCGGAUUCACUCCAAUGCCAGGGCAUACGUCUGCUUACAGUGUGGUAAGAGUUUCAACGAUCCAAGCCACCUUAAAACCCACAAACAUACUCACACUGGAUUAAAACCGCACAGCUGCACCGAAUGUGGCAAACGAUUUAGCACUGCUGGCAAUUUAAAGAGUCACCUGCAGAUUCAUUCAGGUGAAAAACCACACAGUUGCACUCAGUGUGGGAAGAGUUUUACCCACGGGUCCUACUUAAAAACACAUCUGCGAACUCACUUGAAUGACAAUCCAUUUCGGUGUACACAGUGUGGAAAGACUUUUGCCAAUGGACCCAAGUUGAUCAUUCACCAGCGAAUUCAUUCAGGUGAGAAGCCAUUUAAGUGCACCCAAUGUGGUAAGUGCUUCAAUCAGGCAGGCUAUCUCAAAAUUCACCAGCGAACACACUCAGGUGAAAGACCGUACGUGUGCACUCAGUGUGGGAAGCGUUUUUCUUUCGCCUGCAAUCUUGAGACCCACCGGAGAAUACAUUCGGGUGAGAAACCGUACUCCUGUACACUGUGCGAGAAAAGUUUUGGCGAUGCGUCGCACUUCAAGAAACACCAGAGGUACCAUUCAGGAGAGAAACCCAUUACCUGCGAAGUGUGCGGUAAAAGCUUUUCCGAUGUAGCGAGAUUUAACAAUCACAAACGGGUUCAUUCUGGCGAGAGACCAUUUAGCUGCACUCAGUGCGGAAAAACUUUCACUCAUCAGUCAAAUCUCGCAAGACAUCGGAAAACCCAUUCAGGGGAACGGCUGCACCACUGUGGUCAGUGUGGAAAGAGUUAUGCUCGAGCGUCUGGUUUGAAAACCCACCAGCGAAAUCAUGUAAAAUAGAAACUGCAGAUCAGCAUUUACCAGCAGAUGCGAUUGAGAUUGGACAUUUUCAUCUAUUGAAAAAGAAAAAGCAUUAUGUAUGAUGUAUACAUAUAUAUGAAAGAAGAUUUGCACCUCAUGAGUGCAUUACUUCAUAAAGUUGAAAGGUACCACCAAAUUCACUGUAUGAUCUUGUUAUUCAGUUCUCACAGAUUAACAAAAAUACAGUAGCGUAUUUGGCUAAGUCCCACAAGUUACGACGUUCCAAAAUCAGAAUAUUUUAGGCCUGAGCUGCAAAAUGGGAUGAAAGCUCAUUUAAGAUGGUUCUGUUCAUCAGUUCAGUUCUAUUCAAAUUUUGUGAUGAAAGGUGAAUUAGGGAAUUUUUUUUUUUUUUUGGAAAACGAAAUGCCAUAGAAUGCAUGAGCCUCAACUGAUGUGUUGACAGAAGUGGUUUAGAUUUGCUCUGUUCAGAAGCAAAAAAAUGGCAUGAAGAUCAUUAAAGGUGUUUCAUUUUCUGGCUUUCAAGAAAAUGAUGCCAAUUGCAAAAUGUGUA